AUGGUGAAGGAACAGUUCCGAGAGACGGACGUGGCCAAGAAAAUAAGCCACAUCUGUUUUGGAAUGAAGUCACCUGAAGAGAUGCGCCAGCAGGCCCACAUCCAGGUUGUGAGUAAGAACCUGUACAGCCAGGACAACAACCAUGCUCCCUUGCUGUACGGUGUGCUUGACCAUAGGAUGGGUACAAGUGAGAAGGACCGUCCUUGUGAAACCUGUGGGAAGAACUUGGCUGACUGUCUGGGCCACUACGGGUAUAUCGACUUGGAGUUGCCAUGCUUCCACGUGGGCUACUUCAGAGCAGUUAUCGGCAUCUUACAGAUGAUCUGUAAAACCUGCUGCCACAUCAUGCUGUCCCAGGAGGAGAAGAAGCAGUUUCUGGAUUAUCUGAAGAGGCCCGGCCUGACCUACCUCCAGAAACGUGGACUAAAGAAGAAAAUCUCUGAUAAAUGCCGAAAGAAGAACAUCUGCCAUUACUGUGGCGCUUUUAAUGGUACCGUAAAGAAAUGUGGAUUGCUAAAGAUAAUUCACGAGAAAUACAAGACCAACAAAAAAGUGGUGGAUCCUAUCGUAUCGAAUUUUCUUCAGUCUUUUGAAACAGCCAUCGAGCAUAACAAAGAAGUAGAACCACUGCUGGGAAGAGCACAGGAAAACUUAAACCCCUUAGUAGUACUGAAUUUAUUUAAACGGAUCCCGGCCGAAGAUGUCCCUCUACUUCUAAUGAACCCAGAAGCCGGAAAGCCGUCUGAUUUGAUUCUCACACGACUUUUAGUGCCCCCUUUGUGUAUCAGACCCUCCGUCGUGAGUGAUUUGAAGUCUGGCACCAAUGAAGAUGAUCUGACAAUGAAAUUGACAGAAAUCAUUUUCUUAAAUGACGUUAUCAAAAAGCAUCGAAUAUCAGGAGCGAAGACCCAGAUGAUCAUGGAAGACUGGGACUUCCUACAGCUGCAGUGUGCCCUCUAUAUCAACAGCGAGCUCUCGGGCAUUCCCCUCAACAUGGCACCCAAGAAAUGGACUAGAGGAUUUGUCCAGCGCCUGAAGGGAAAGCAGGGUCGAUUUAGAGGCAAUCUCUCAGGAAAAAGAGUGGAUUUUUCUGGGAGAACAGUCAUCUCACCUGACCCCAAUCUCAGGAUUGAUGAGGUAGCUGUGCCAGUUCACGUGGCCAAAAUUCUUACUUUUCCUGAAAAGGUGAAUAAAGCAAACAUCAACUUUUUGAGGAAACUGGUUCGAAAUGGCCCUGAAGUUCACCCAGGAGCCAAUUUCAUUCAGCAGAGACAUACACAGAUGAAAAGGUUUUUGAAGUAUGGAAAUAGGGAAAAGAUGGCUCAGGAGCUCAAGUACGGGGACAUUGUGGAGAGACACCUCAUAGACGGAGACGUGGUGCUGUUCAACCGGCAGCCCUCACUGCACAAACUGAGCAUUAUGGCGCAUCUGGCCAAGGUCAAGCCCCAUCGGACCUUCAGGUUUAACGAGUGUGUCUGUACACCCUACAAUGCAGAUUUCGAUGGUGAUGAGAUGAACCUUCAUCUUCCUCAAACAGAGGAAGCUAAAGCAGAGGCCCUUGUUUUGAUGGGGACCAAAGCAAAUCUGGUAACACCGAGGAAUGGAGAACCACUGAUUGCUGCUAUUCAGGAUUUUCUAACAGGUGCCUAUCUCCUCACCCUUAAGGACACUUUCUUUGACCGUGCCAAGGCUUGCCAAAUCAUUGCUUCGAUACUGGUUGGCAAGGAUGAGAAAAUUAAAGUUCAUCUCCCACCCCCUACGAUAUUAAAGCCUGUCACCCUGUGGACGGGAAAGCAGAUCUUCAGUGUCAUCCUCAGACCUAGCGAUGACAAUCCAGUGAGGGCCAACCUCCGAACCAAGGGCAAGCAGUACUGUGGCAAAGGAGAAGAUCUCUGUGUCAAUGAUUCCUAUGUUACUAUCCAGAACAGUGAGUUGAUGAGUGGCAGCAUGGACAAGGGAACACUGGGGUCAGGAUCCAAGAACAACAUUUUUUACAUUUUGCUGCGAGACUGGGGGCAGAACGAAGCGGCCGAUGCAAUGUCGCGGCUUGCCAGGCUGGCUCCUGUCUACCUCUCAAACCGUGGAUUCUCAAUUGGGAUUGGUGAUGUCACACCUGGUCAAGGACUGCUCAAGGCCAAGUAUGAGCUGCUGAAUGCUGGCUAUAAAAAAUGUGAUGAGUACAUCGAAGCCCUAAACACAGGCAAGCUGCAACAGCAGCCUGGUUGCACCGCUGAGGAGACUCUGGAGGCUCUGAUCCUGAAGGAGCUAUCUGUGAUAAGAGACCAUGCUGGCAGCGCCUGCCUCCGGGAACUGGAUAAGAGCAACAGCCCGCUCACCAUGGCUCUGUGCGGCUCCAAAGGUUCUUUCAUUAACAUAUCACAGAUGAUUGCCUGUGUGGGACAGCAGGCCAUCAGUGGCUCUCGAGUGCCAGAUGGCUUUGAAAACAGGUCGUUGCCUCACUUUGAGAAACACUCAAAGCUCCCAGCUGCCAAAGGCUUUGUGGCAAAUAGCUUUUAUUCCGGCUUGACACCAACAGAGUUUUUCUUCCACACAAUGGCUGGCCGGGAAGGUCUCGUCGACACAGCUGUAAAGACAGCAGAAACAGGGUACAUGCAGAGAAGGCUUGUCAAGUCCCUUGAAGAUCUUUGCUCACAGUAUGACCUGACAGUCCGAAGCUCUACGGGUGAUAUUAUCCAGUUCAUUUAUGGGGGAGAUGGCUUGGAUCCUGCAGCAAUGGAGGGAAAAGAUGAACCGUUAGAGUUCAAAAGAGUUCUGGACAACAUCAAAGCAGUCUUCCCGUGUCAGAGCGAACCUGCACUAAGUAAAAAUGAACUGGUCCUGACCACUGAAUCAAUCAUGAAGAAGACUGAGUUCCUCUGCUGCCAGGACAGCUUCCUGCAGGAAAUAAAAAAUUUCGUUAAGGGCAUUUCUGAGAAGAUCAAGAAGACCAGAGAUAAAUACGGCAUCAAUGACAACGGCACAACAGAGCCCCGUGUGUUGUACCAGUUGGACCGGAUCACCCCCACCCAAAUCGAAAAGUUCCUGGAGACCUGCAGGGACAAGUACAUGAGGGCACAGAUGGAGCCAGGUUCUGCGGUGGGCGCGCUGUGUGCCCAGAGCAUUGGCGAGCCGGGCACCCAGAUGACCCUGAAGACUUUCCACUUUGCAGGUGUGGCCUCCAUGAACAUCACCCUGGGCGUGCCCCGGAUCAAAGAGAUCAUCAAUGCUUCCAAGGCCAUCAGCACUCCAAUCAUCACGGCACAGCUGGAUAAGGAUGACGAUGCGGACUACGCCCGCCUCGUGAAGGGCAGAAUUGAGAAAACCCUCUUGGGAGAGAUUUCGGAGUAUAUUGAAGAAGUAUUUCUUCCAGAUGAUUGCUUUAUCCUCGUCAAGCUCUCCCUGGAACGGAUCAGACUUCUGAGACUAGAAGUGAACGCUGAGACGGUGCGGUAUUCCAUCUGCAUGUCCAAGCUCCGCGUGAAGCCUGGCGAUGUGGCUGUUCACGGCGAGGCUGUGGUGUGUGUCACCCCCAGAGAGAACAGCAAGAGCUCCAUGUACUACGUGCUGCAGUUCCUGAAAGAGGAUCUCCCCAAGGUGGUGGUACAGGGCAUCCCAGAGGUUUCCAGAGCUGUCAUCCACAUCGACGAGCAGAGCGGAAAGGAGAAGUACAAACUCCUAGUGGAGGGUGAUAACCUGCGGGCCGUCAUGGCCACCCACGGUGUGAAGGGCACCCGCACCACCUCCAAUAAUACCUAUGAGGUGGAGAAAACUCUGGGCAUCGAAGCUGCCCGGACAACUAUCAUCAACGAAAUCCAGUACACAAUGGUCAACCACGGCAUGAGCAUUGACAGGAGGCACGUGAUGCUGCUGUCUGACCUGAUGACCUACAAGGGUGAAGUCUUGGGCAUUACGAGGUUCGGCCUGGCCAAGAUGAAGGAGAGCGUGCUCAUGCUGGCCUCCUUUGAGAAGACAGCUGACCAUCUCUUCGAUGCCGCCUACUUUGGGCAGAAGGACUCCGUGUGUGGGGUGUCUGAGUGCAUCAUCAUGGGGAUCCCCAUGAACAUUGGAACUGGGCUCUUCAAGCUGCUGCACAAGGCUGACAGGGACCCAAGCCCUCCCAGGAGACCCCUGAUCUUCGACACAAACGAAUUCCACAUCCCUCUUGUCACAUAGUCCAGGGAAGAGGAGACCAUUCCUGACCUCGGCAGCUUGUCCCGUCUGGAAAGAGGCCGAGACUGACAUCUGACAUAGAGAGCUUGUGUUCCCCACGACAAGGCCUGACAUCCCCAUUGUGCUGGCAGUCAGAGGAGGCCUCCGUGUCCCUGAGAGCAGCUCGCCCGGGCCCCUGAUCACACCACAGGGCCCUGGUUGGGAGGACUGAGGUUUGUCUGUUUGAAACCCUAGCCUUAUAAGGAGACCCUGGCCAGGCAUCUUUACUCAUUCUCACUUCACCCUUCCAACCAUCCGCUUUCAGGAAGAUCACACCAUGACCCAGAGCCAGCUGUAAGCCCCAAGACCAGGGCAUAGCCUUGGUUUUUCUGUUCCUCAGUCAGGUUAGAAUCUCUAAACAUGGCCUACUCAUGUAAAUAUUGUCACUAUUAUUUAUUUGUUCGUUUUGAAGAAUUUGGAGUUGUUAUUAUUUUGGCUUUACUUUGAAAGCAAGAAGCUAUAGAAACCGAGAAAGCCAGCAUUGAAGUAUCACUGGAAAAACUGGUUAAGCAGAUGCUACCACCUAGGAUUUGUAACGGAGCUGAAACCGUCACGAGCCCAAGCUGCUCUGAAACAUCUUUUACAGACAUGUCUGGCCACCCCGUUGUUUUCUGUCUACCUCUGACCUCCAUGUGGGGGACCAUGCCUUGUGACAAGAGGGGUCCCAUUCUUCCUGGCCGAUAGAAGCCUUGCCGGAGUUUGGAGCCCGCGGCAGGGGACUGGCAGUGUGCGUGGAGGUGAUGGGUGAGGCUGGUCCAGGCCCCUGCACUGCCUGGGCGGUGACCACACGCCCCUGAGGUAUCUGCAGGUGCUGAACUAUGGCCUAAAAAGUGCCCUGGGGGCAGUGGUGGGGUGGGGGCCUUCCAGCACACAGGCAGCCAGCCACCAGUUGUAAGGGUUGAAAGGGCCAGCAGGACAGGAAGGGAGGAGGCCCACAGGAUGGAGAAUCCCCUGGAGCUGGCAGUGUGCCCGCUGGGGAAGAGCAGGCUCCUGAAAGAGUAGCUCUCCUAUAACAGUCGAAAGCACCUAUCAGGCUAGGAGGAGAGCCAGCAGGUAUCCCAGGAUGACCCACAGGGCAUGUGAUGGGGCUCUGUGCAUCGGAGGAAGGAGAUGUGCAUAGCUCAUCCUAGAGAGUGGAAGGAAGGGGUGUGCUGCUGGAGAUUGUGAUUCUUUGUACUGAAUUUGCUCUGUAAGAUUGGGCCUGGGCCAUGGAGAACUGGUGUGGCUGCCCCCUGUACUCCCUUUGGAGAAUGUUCCGUGAAGCCUGCCCCUCCCUUCCCUACCCAGGGCCAAGUCCCACCGCUCUGGCUCUUUCCUCUUCACCAGGGAGCCCUGGAGAACCAAGGCUUUUUAGUUGGGAAUGAGAUUAUAGUGAAAGUGGGGUUUUGACCCUAUUUUCUGGCUCCAUGCACCUGAGAAGUGCUACUUCUGAAAUGACAUCACUGAUUUCUCUCACCCAGUCCAGCCCCUGGGAGAAACAUCAGCCCCAAAUGAAGAGAUAUGAGUUUAUUGUUGAGGGAGAAGAUGGUUUGGCUGAGUAAAGAGGAGGAUGUGGGUGCUGGGGGGAGUAGGGAGGCACUCAAGUUGUAGUGCAUAGAACCACCCUUUGAUUCUUCCGACGUUCUCUAGCUGAUUUCCAAAGUUCUGAGUUACAGCUGCUAAGAUUCGUGUAACCGUUGGCCCUGGGGUCUGUGUUAGAAUGAAUACUUUCUCUCCCUUACUGCUGUGAUUCUGAAUUCAGAAUUCCUGACCUCAGUCUUUGGCCAUUCUCUGGUUUAAAAUUCUAUUAAAGUUAGUUUGGUCCUGUGA